AUGGCAGAUUUGUCCCAAGUUGUAAGCACCGCCACGAACCAAGGAGGUAAUUGUAUUUUUCAGGUUCUGCAGACUUUGUCUAGUGAAAACGCAGCUUUGUUCGCAUGUAUUCUUUGGAGUAUCUGGAAACAGCGCAAUAAUAAGGUGUGGAAUGAUAUUGUUGACACGCAAUGUGUUGUUCUAGAACGUGCAUCAUCCCUGUUAUAUGAUUGGAAAGAAGCUAAGAAUGCAAGUGGUUUGAAGCUCUCUGUUGUUGGAAGCAACAUGCAACAUCAGCAAACCAGGGUAGUGAAGUGGAAGAAACCGAGUCUAGGAAGAAUGAAAUGCAAUAUUGACGCCUCUUUCCCCAGUCACAAUAAUAAAAUCGGUAUUGGUAUGUUUAUUAGGGAUGAUGAAGGCACUUUUGUCCUUGCUAAAACGGAAUGGUUCAAACCCAAGUGUGAUGUUCAUGUUGGAGAAGCGUUGAGUUUAUUGUCGGCACUUCAUUGGGUACAUGAGCUACAAUUAGGUCCUAUUGAUUUUGAGUUUGACUCAAAGAAGGUGGUUGACAAUUUCAAUUCCAACAUUCACGAUAAUACGGAAUUUGGAGCUAUUAUUAAUGAUUGUAAAACUUUAUUUAGGCAAUUAUAUGAAAACUCUAGUGUUGAGUUUGUGCGGAGACAAGCAAAUGAGGUUGCUCAUGAGUUAGCAAAGGCGACCACAUUGUCAGCUAGUUUCCAAAUUUUGGUCAUGCCACCAAAUUGUAUUGAACACAUUUUAAGUAAUGAAAUGCUAUAA